CUUCAGAUGCACGCAUGCCAGUGCUAACAUUUCAUUAUCUUCUUUCCUUUUCUUCAAGGUGAAUAUGGCCUUUUACAUAUUUGACAACAGUUCUGACAACAUCUCAGAGGAGUCUGGGGACUUCGACUUGGACAUUCAGGAGCCGUGUGGCCGAGCGCUCAGUAACGACUUCAAGAAGAUUUUCCUCCCAACAGUGUAUGGAAUAAUCAUUGUUCUCGGCAUCAUCGGCAAUGGAUUAGUAGUCAUUGUGAUGGGCUACCAAAGGAAGGUCAAAACAAUGACAGAUAAGUACCGGCUUCAUCUCUCCGUGGCUGACCUCCUGUUUGUCCUCACGCUGCCCUUCUGGGCCGUGGAUGCGGCCAGGAACUGGUACUUUGGUAGUUUCAUGUGUGUGUUUGUGCACAUGAUCUACACUGUCAAUCUAUACAGCAGCGUGCUCAUCCUGGCCUUCAUCAGCUUGGAUAGAUACCUAGCUGUCGUGAGGGCCACCAACAGCCAAGCCACGCGCAAGCUUCUGGCCAGCAAAGUCAUCUACGUGGGCGUGUGGCUGCCAGCGACCGUUCUGACCGUACCCGACCUUGUGUUCGCCAGGAUACAAGACACGGGUUCCUCCAACUUUCUUUUCUUGAAUGAUGAGAGCAUGGAGACAGCCGACUCCAGGAUCAUUUGCCAGCGCAUUUACCCUCAGGAAAGCAGCCUGAUAUGGACGGUGGUGUUUCGCUUCCAGCACAUCCUCGUGGGCUUUGUGCUGCCCGGCUUGGUCAUUCUUAUUUGCUACUGCAUCAUCAUCGCUAAGCUGUCCCGAGGCGCCAAGGGCCAGGUGCUGAAGAAGAAAGCCCUCAAAACCACGGUCAUCCUCAUUUUGUGCUUCUUCUCCUGCUGGCUGCCGUACUGCUUGGGUAACUUCCUGGACACCCUCAUGAUGCUGGACGUGGUCAGCCCUUCUUGUGAACUGGAACAAGCGGUGGAGAAGUGGAUCUCCGUCACAGAAGCCUUGGCGUAUUUCCACUGCUGCCUCAACCCCAUCCUCUACGCGUUCCUGGGAGUCAAAUUCAAAAAGUCCGCCAGGAGCGCGUUGACUGUGAAUAGCCGAUCCAGUCAGAAAGCGACUCUCAUGACGAAAAAGCGCGGGCCCAUUUCAUCCGUGUCGACCGAGUCAGAAUCCUCCAGUGUUUUGUCGAGUUAACAAGACUUCAAAAUGUGAGACUUGGAACAACUGUAAGCUUUAAUUAUCCAGACAAUACUACAAUUUGUACAGUAAUGUACAAAUGUGAAAUAAAAGGACAUUCAUUUGAUUGCAUUGUAAUUAUGUACACUAUGGGGUGUUUUUUUAUACUACAUAUCCUUGUGUUUUAGUCAGUUUUGUCUUUGCAAAAACUGUGAUGUUGUCAUGUGGGUCAGGUCUUUACUGUGAGGGAUAGUAGCUGCUCCUUGGGACUGUAAAUAGUUUAAAAGAGUUGUUUGUGUGUUCGCACUUACGUUGAAAGCUUUUAUUUAUUGUUGUCGUUCACACUGGAAGUUUUGUAAUAGAAACAAAUUGCAUGCUGCUUUUUCAACCUUUUAUACGCUUGUUUUUUUUUUUAAAUGUGAAAAUAAACAAAUUCAGUGCUUCUUA